UGGUGUUUUUAAAUGUCCAACAGAAACGUCAAAAAGUAUAGUAAGAGUUUAGAUUUUGCUGUGGUGGCUUUCGAUUUGUUUUUGCAUAGGAAAAAUUAAACUUUUUCCCCAAAAAAUAAAUCAAUUGCAAAACAUCGACCAAACAUAAUGGUCGAAACGUCGCGCCGUCAAGUGCUCAGUGUCGUAUUUCUGUGUGUUAUUUGGUACAUCGUGAGCUCCAGUAACAAUGUUAUUGGGAAAAUGGUGCUAAACGAAUUCCCCUUUCCACUGACAGUAACAAUUGUCCAAUUGACCAGUAUAGCAUGCUAUUCCGGACCAUUUUUCAAUUUAUGGGGCGUCCGCAAAUAUGUGGACAUCCCGUGGAAGUAUUAUCUCAAGUACAUUGUGCCACUGGCAUUGGGCAAGUUCUUUGCGUCAGUGAGCUCACACAUAUCUAUUUGGCGAGUUCCUGUAUCCUAUGCACACACGGUAAAAGCAACGAUGCCGUUUUUCACCGUAGUUCUUUCAAGGCUGAUCAUGAAAGAGAAACAAACGAUGACUGUCUAUUUCAGUCUAAUACCUAUUAUAGCCGGUGUUUUAAUAGCAACACUAACUGAACUAUCCUUUGACAUCGUUGGACUAAUCAGUGCACUGAUCUCAACGAUGGGCUUUUCGCUACAAAAUAUUUUCUCGAAAAAGGUUCUGAAAGAUACGGGAAUACAUCACUUACGUUUACUGCAUCUGCUAGGAAAAUUAGCAUUAUUUAUGUUUAUGCCAAUUUGGUUGUACGUCGACUGCUUUAGUAUUAUCAAACAUCCAGCUAUCACAACUGGUGACUACAAAGUCAUAGCCUUACUAUUCACCGAUGGUGUGCUGAAUUGGUUACAAAACAUCAUUGCAUUUAGUGUCCUUUCCCUAGUAACCCCGUUAACAUAUGCCGUAGCUAGUGCAUCGAAACGAAUAUUUGUAAUAGCCGUAUCGCUGUUCAUCUUAGGCAAUCCAGUCACAUGGAUGAACAUAUUUGGAAUGUUGCUGGCUUCAUUGGGAGUGCUGUGCUAUAAUCGAGCGAAGCAAUUGUCUCGUUCACAAACGGUUCUACCGUUCACCAAUGAAAGUUGGAACAAAUACACGCCAUUACCGUCAACAGAUAAUCUGUACAGAAAUGGUAAAUCGGUGACGAAUGGCGGAUUGAAUGGAUAUAAAACGAAUAAUUUGCUGUUGAACAACAAUGUGCAUAGUACGAGCCAAAGUAAAUUAUUGUUUGUGUAAUUUAUAGAUCAGUUUUCAUUAGACAUUUUUUUUUACUUUUUAUUUUUUUUUUAAAUUGUUGUUACAUUUAGUAGGUGAGAUGUGAAGGAAGAAAAAUGUUAUUUUUUGUAUAUUGUUGUAUGACGUGUGAAAGUUUCAUGUUUUAUACAAAAACAAAAAAAUUAGAAUAAAUGAAAAACAGUGACGAGUUACAGUAAAUAAUUAGAUCGAACGUUGUUGUUGAAGUCGCCAGAAGAGUUGCCAUUUCAAAAGAUUACGAAAAUUCAUUACGAGGUUUGCGUGAAACAUUUAAAUGGAACACAAAUAUCAAGCACAGUGUCGCAACAACCAUUGCUCAAUCUUAGUUACUAGAAAAAGAUUCUUUCGUUCAUGACCGGGUCGGGCCUUUUUAGUGAUCGAUUUGCUGAGUCUGAGUGCUUUUUUCGUGUGACGUUUUCGCUCGAACAUUAUCAUCGGUUCGAGUUUUGAAAUGGCAACUCAAUUAGAAACUGAAUUGGAACAGUGUUGAAUUCCAAUAAAGAAUUUAUUUUAUUGUAAAUGAAAACGUCGAACACUAUCCACAUAGACAGUAUUCAUCAUGAGGAGAUAACUGAAAACGAAAGAAAAUGUGAUUUUUGCCAGGGAAUGAUUAAUUAUAAAAAACAAAAAACAAAUUGAGUGACAAAAUUCGUUCGCAUUGUAUCGGGAAUUGAGUCUAUUUCAAUCAUGAGGUUUUACAUGCGGUUCAAGGGCCUAAAAUUGUACUUUAAAUUAUUCAAGCAACAAUUACAACAAAUUAAAGGAAAAGAAUCCGGUUUUGCAUUGUUAACAACCUCGGCCUCGCCUCGGAUCAUUCACAUCAAAAUCUCUAAUUCUUCAUCCAUACACGUGUGUGUAUCGAUCAUAGAAAAACCAUAUUGGUGUCAAAACAAAUAAUGUUAGUGCCAUACGAUGAAUGAGAAUUUCUAUUCCAAGGCCAGGUGCCUGACAAACUUAAAAUAAUCGAAAUUCUUGCAAGGUACGGUAAACCAUCCAACAAAAUUUUAUUUAAAUUCAUACCGCGCUAAUACAGCAAGUGACAGUUGUUUUUGUGUUGAAGUUUUUUUUCUCCUGAACAAUUCAGAUGAUUCCUUAUCCAUCCCAUGUACGAGUACCGCGCGCGUACGUAUAACUAUUGUAGCCUUAUAAGCAUGUGAGCCUAUUGGUCACAAAAUUGAAUGCCACUGACCGUACCUGUUGACCAUCGAUAUAAUAUACUAUAGAUAAUGAGACACGAAGAAUGAAAUUUUGGAAAUAUAGCACACAUCCAAGUGCAAAAAAUGCGAAUCAGAACACAAAACGAAGAGAAAAAGGAAAUUGAGAAAUGCAGAGUUUCAAUUAUUUUCAUAUAUUUGUAUGACAUUAUUUCGCGCGCUUUCUCAAAACGUAAGUUACGUUACACAUACAUCCAUGUGAUCUUUCCGCAUAAAGUUGCUUUGACAUUACUUAACUACCCAAUAUUCUAUCGAUGCUGUUGACAUCAAUUUUAUACGAUGACACAUUCAGCCAUGGUUGAGGACCGUCAUGGCGCUCCGAAGCAAAGGAGCGACGAUCAUCUUAGGUUGUGUAACAAUAUAGUGACAUAUAUCACUCAAACAGUGUGACCUUGUGAGGGCUCUCGAUCUUCUCGCAGAAAAUUCGAGAAAACAAUGCGAACUAAAUUGGCUCACAGAAAUAAUUUGCAAUAUACUUAAGAUGAUUGCGCGAUAAUUUAAUUUUAUUCAAAUUUUUUUUAAUUUAUUUUUUUACUCAGCCACACAUUUACAUAAACGAAAGAAAAUAGUAUUAAUAACAUGGAUUGUAACGUAGUCGCUAGACUGGAACAAUCUAAAAACCAGAAACUUUAUUUAUUCAGCCCGCUUAAAUACUGUACAUUGUAAUAAAAUUUUCAGGUGUUUUCUGUGUCUCGACAGCCGUGGAAUUAUAAGAUCUGCCAAUUUCAAUCGUAUUCAUGUUAAUUCGUUUCCCAUAUGCUACUGACGUUACCAAACACUGCAGAUACACACAUACGUACACGUACACCGCAAAGUUGUAACUCAUGUCCGAGUGGUAACGCAUGCUGAAUGAAUACCUAGUUUGGAUUUGCAACUUAUAGAUCUUAUAAUUCCUUCCCUGUGGAAACAUUAUUUUUAACGAGACUUUUGUUUUUAAAUGAAUUGCCGAUCUAAUUAAUUUGCUGCUAUUCUUUUGUUAUUGAACGAUUUUAACCGUUAUAACAUAUACUGACGAUAAUUUGUAUCAAAUGUCUCAAAAGUAUCGAGGAAGAUUAGAUAAAUUUUUAGUGAAAUUUAUAGAAUUAUAGACAAAUUUAGUGGAAUUUAUAUUUUUUAAAUGCAAGUGAAUUUUGAAUAAUCUCAGUCUGCUAAUUUAAGUUGCUCGGUAACCGACGAUCGCAACAUUGUCAACGAAAAGCAUUACAACAACGAUUACAGUUUAGCUAAAUUUGUUUUUCAGUUAAGCUGGAGCGGGAACAGCGGAUAUACUAAGAAUUAGUAGUCCAAUAUUUGCAUUAUUCUCAGUCGUUCAAUCUCAGUUGUUCGGUUGACGUUGCGAAAAAAAAUCUACUUAUCAAUGUACAACCAGGCACCAUUUAAAAGGGCCUCCUCGUUAAUGUCAAUUUUGAAUGCCACUAACGCGUUACGAUUUUGUAUUAGAGGGGAAAUGUUUUUCCAUUGAACAUUGUGCUCUUAGUGCUUUGUUUGUAGACCUAUUGAGGGGGUAGCAUGGAAGCAUUAUCUUUGAAAGUCAUAUCAAAUCAUGACAAAUCGUACUGUAGCUAGAUAUAGCAACGCGAAAGAGACCUAAUUCAAAAUUUUCGUUUGUUAUACGGUCAAACUUGACAGAAGAACAAAAGAAAAAUUUGAAUUGAGUCUCGUUCGUGUCGCUAUGUGUAGCUGGAGGUAGGCGUUGAAAUUAUAGUGCCACUAUGACAUCCAUUGAAAGUAGCUCUAUAACUCAAUAAGUUAAAUCUUAAAAUUUGCCUUGUGUCUCGACCAAAUAUGUAGGUGUGGCGAUUGAUUUGAUUGGAAGUAGUAAGAUCGACCAAAUAUAUAUAUACGAUGUGAGGGUCGAUUGAAAGAUUUUUUUUUUUUUUUAAUAGAUAAGAGUGACACAUCAGUAUGUGAAUUUUAGAGUUGUGACUAAAGUUAAUGAAUUGGUAAGCGAGUAACAAAAUGGGUGUAGCAGAAGUAGGAAUCAUUUAGCUAGCCAUGUUACAAACUAUCGGAAAAUGGGAAUUUGAAUUUGAAAACUGAAAUUAUGAACUCAAAUAGCACUUCCGACGAACAAGUAGAAGUUUUAAUCUUAUUGGUGACCA